GUGGCAUACCGCAAGGUACAACACUCACUGUCAGAAAAGCAAACUAAGCUCAAGAAAAUCCUAGAUAUCCCGGAUGACGACAAGAUAGCAGCGAACGCGCAGGAAAUGCAAGGCCGCAUUGCCGACUAUUUAAGGACAACGGGCGCACGAUUUAAAAUUGACAGUGUCAAACAGGUGCGUUGAGAACUUAAGUGAAUAUUUUAAUGAACGCCGAAAAAGUGGAUGAUUAUUUUGGUUAAUUUGUUGUGGAUGAACGCAAAUAAUUAAUCCUUUCCAAAUAGCUGUGGAAGCAUCCUUAAGGAAGCAAUUGAUUAUUCAAACUCGAUUUUAAGGUGUAGAUUGUUUUGUGGUAUUUAAAACAAUGUCGACGGAGACAACGCCAAGUAAUAAUGAGGGAAAUCUUGGAGAUAUAAACUCAAUCUAUACAUUCUGUUUGACUUAGAAAAGUUGUAUUUUAUGUGAACGGAAUAAACAGUUUCGCCAGUGGAACACGCGCCGCGUUGAAUCAGCUGUUUUCUUUCCGAGAGACCGCGUGACAUUCCUUUAACCCCAUCAUUUCGUACAUGCGUAAAAAGGUGGCGAAUAACUUCAUAAGGAGGUUUUUAACAUUUCUUUUCUUUUUGCCUUUAAAGGAUGUAAGCAAACAGCUAUGGAGCACCCUGUACGAUUUUCCAGAAUUACAAAACUGUGUGAAGUUAACAGAAUACAUGGAUGAAUGCGUUCGCUUGUCAUGGAUGCUGGCAGUCCAAGUUCCACCAAUGAGCAUUGAAUACGAAGCCACAGAGUUCUCAGAGAAACUUCAUGGACGGUUCAUGACGUCUGACAUGACGUCUCUUGGAAUAAAGUAUCACGUGUGGCCAGCUUUGAUCGACUCGAAAGCCGGUGUUGUGCUUUAUAGGGGAACUGUAGUGACAUGA